UUUUGUUUGGUCUGGAGCAUUGACAGUUUCUUUGUUCGUCGAUGAAAAGCACGCUGAAAGAAUGCAACAAAAAUGUCGUGCAAUAAUUAUUUCACUUGCGACGAUUCACCGCACUUAUUUCGCACAAGAUCAGCUGUGCUAAAGCUAUUAGAGCAAGUAAGAGCAGAAAAUCCGUCUAUUCAUCUGAUCUCAAAACCUACGGAGCCCGUGGUAAACAGAAAUUCAAAACUGAAAUUUCCAGACCCGAAGAAAGAUUGCUUCGUAAGUUUUAAAGUCAGCAGCCAUAAUGGAAAGCUUUGUUUGCCGAUUAGCUACAAAAAUACAGACGAGAACGAUCAGAAAUGUUAUGGUGGAUUGAGGUACAUUUUACAAGUCGUAUCUGUAAACAAAGUUCUUUUGAAUGGCAAACAGACGAGUUCAAAUGAAUGUCAAGAAGAUUUUUAUCGUUUUUCACCACUUUCUACACACAAGAAAGGUUCAGCUAAGAACUGCCUUGGUUUCUGGUUUCGGUUUUUUUGCAAAGAGGCAACAAUUCGCGUAACUGUUGCCCUGAAGAUCGACUUUGUGUUUGUUAGAAAGUUGAUAGGAAAGAGACUACUCACAGAUCCAUUGUUUAAAGAUGAUGGAAUGGUUUCCAGUUUAGAAUUUGACAUUUCUACCUGUAUGAGAUCUUCUCAAAAGAUUGCUGCAGCAGAAAAGAAUGGAUUAAUCAACACAGCUAAAAUUUUCCCCUCACUGUAUUUGAACCGAGAAUACAAGAGUAUUGUUACUAAAUUUAAAGACCUGAGGCAGAAACUUAAUUUUGAGGAAUUGGAUGAAUUUUGUGCUCGAACAUUGGAAGGGCUCAGUGACAAUGACCUGAAAGUUGUCCUCUUCCUUGAGCAAAGUCAAGAAGCCUGUCGCAAGAAGCUUUAUGAAAAGUCAAAACAGCUUCUCAAGCAAGCAGUUGACAGCACAGCCAAAUGCAAAAACAAAACCCUGCUGAUAGGCAGAGCCUAUUUGUAUCUGUCGUAUGUCCAUGAAAAAGAUGGCUAUCUUGGAAAUGCAGAAGAGUGUUUAGCCAUUGCCAGGAAAAAGUUGCAAGCUUUGGAGGCAUGUGAAGAUGUUGGAGACCUGUGCUUUCAGGAAGGACUUAUUCUAACCAGUUUUUCCCAGAAGAUGCCAAAGUUUGCUUCAAAACUGAUCUCAGAGGCAAUGCUCAAAUUUGAACAAGCUGCAGCAAUAUUUACCAAAUGCCUCACUGUGGACAGUGCCCUGGAUAAGUUGUGUUGUUCAUACAUAAGACUAGCAUCUUUAUUACUUAAACAGAGCACAGAGGGAUCAUGUUUGCGGCACAAGGUUGCAGUGGCAAACAAACAUCUUGAAGUGGUGUCAUGUCAUUUGGAUGAGCUCUCAGAGAAGACUAAAUUUCAUUUCUAUGUUUGCAAUGCAGAACUGCUUUACCAGAGAAGGCAGUUUGAGGAAGCUAAGAAAAGUCUUGAUGUUGCCUAUGAGAUUGCCAAGGCUUGUCAGUUUGAAGAACAAACUAUGUGGAAAGAAUUACCUGGCUGCAAUUCCUGUGGUGAUCACUACUUCCAAGAAGCAUCAAAUAAUGGAGAACCAGCUAAUGACUUGGAAGUGGAAGAUUUUGUUGUUGCUGAUGUGCCUCUUGGCUAUCUGGCCGAUACCAGUUCAUGAGAGAUGAAAGGGGUUACGUAAGCUGCCAUGGGGUGAGAUAUGGGGCUUUGUAGUGUUAAUAUAUUUUACCAUAAUAAUUUUCCUUGUAAUGUCCUGGCCCGGUUGUUUGAAGGCCAAUUAGCACUAACCCAGAGUUAAAAUUCUCUGUUCAAAAGCCAUUUUGGGAUAAUUUUCCAAUUCAUUUUAGAACA